UAAAACACAAGUCGAAUCUUGUGCCUGCCUUGUUUAGACAGUACACUCUGCUGUAAUAAAGUACUCACUCUUCACACACACACUUCACUUUCCCAAAUUCUAUCAAUCUAUCUCUUUCACACACACUCAAUGUCGAUGAACGGCGAAUCUACUCCGCCGCCGAUGAUCGGAAAGAUCGGCCCAUACACGGUGUUCGUGACUCCUCCGGCCACGCCUAAAACUUCCGCAACUCCGCAUUCGCAUCAAACCUCGCCUCUCUCUUCGUCAAUCCCGAGGAGAUUUGAUUCUCCGUCGGUUCAGUCCGGGUCUCCUCCGCCGGUUCAGUUUAAGUCUCCUCCGCCGGUUCUUCCUCCUCCGGUUCAUUAUAGUCCCAAGGAUGGGAGUUCUUCUUUCGCUUUCUUUUGGGACGCGGUUGCUAAAGUGCAACACGCGCAUUCGAGUUUGGAUGGGUAUGUGGCGCACUGGUUUGGACUGAAUCAGUCAAAGUAUCAGUGGGCAUUGGAUGAUUACUACGAGUCUAAAGGAGGAGUGGAUCACGUAGAUGCAAAGGUAAAAGAUAUAUCUCGGAAAACUGAAAGUGUAUAACCUGUUUGAUAGGCAGGUUUUCUAUGAAGAAAGGAUUAAGCGAUGGAUCCUAAUCUGUAAACUAGUAUGUCAAAAUUUAUUUACAGAAUUUCCUAUCUUUUGGAAAGGAUCUGUCAUUAACUGUAUGUGGAUCUGGAUGUUGCAAUUUUCUAGCUUCUUUCCAGUAUGUCCCACCAGUAUUGUUUUCAUACCAAUAUUUAUGCCUGUAUCAUGUCGUAGUUUACUCGUUCGUUAUAAGCUUUGUUGAUGUUUGCUGCUGGGCUGCCACCAAGUUUAAAAUGGUGGCAUGAACGUGUAUUAAUUAAUGCAUGUAAUCUCUUUUUUGGGUAAAAUAAUGUUACUGUGAUUAAAGAUGUAGACUUCACAGAUCACUCA